ACUUCUUGUCUCGACUUGGUUGGCACCAGAAAACAUGUCGAAUUCGACGAAUUCGUCGGAAUGCUCUUCAGAUAUGGAAUGGUAUAUCCAGUUACCGUUCAUAGUGGCAUUCAUGGCGAUGAUUACCAUUGCAGCUGUAGGCAAUAUUAUUGUUAUCUGGAUAGUUUUAGCUCACAAAAGAAUGAGAACCGUUACGAAUUAUUUCCUAGUCAAUUUGGCUAUUGCCGACGCAUUAAUUUCCAUUUUCAACGCCUUCUUCAACUUCCUUUACAUGCUCAAGGAGGAUUGGUGGUUUGGUUCCGCCUUCUGCAAAACCAGUAUGUUUUUAGCGCCCUGCACAAUCACAGUUAGCGUAUUAACGUUCAUGGCGAUUGCUGUGGAGAGAUAUAUAGCUAUCGUACACCCAUUAAAACCCCGAAUGUCGUCCAAGUCGAUAUUAUUCAGUAUAGCCCUUAUCUGGUUAAUAUCGUCGAUUAUAUCCGUGCCAAAUAUAUUCUUCGCUCAGCUUAAGAAGCAGGAAAUUUGCGAAAAAACUCAAUGCAUGUUAACCUGGCCUGAUCAGGAUGACGAUUACAGUAAACUUGGAUUUGCUUAUGACGUAUUCCUGAUGGUUUUGGAAUAUUUCCUACCACUAACCAUAAUCGCAGCCACUUACAGUCGAGUAGGUUUAAAAUUAUGGGGAGGUGACGUCAUUGGCGAAACUACUUCUGUUCAGGCAAUAAAAUCGAAAAGAAGAAUUGUUAAGAUGAUGAUAAUCAUUGUAAUUAUAUUUGGUAUAUGCUGGCUACCGCAACAUCUUUAUUUUAUACUCAUCAACAUAAAUAAUAACAUUAAUAGCCAUCCCCAUAUUCAAGAAAUUUAUCUAAUCAUAUUUUGGUUAGCUAUGAGUAAUUCAAUGUACAAUCCCUUAGUCUACUGUUAUAUGAACGCAAGAUUUCGAGCUGGUUUUAAAUUUAUAUUUAGAUGGCUACCAUGCGUACAAUACGAUAGGGGAUUAGAGGGAAGCCGAGGAACUGUGGUAUGGUUACGCAAUUCUCACACGGCAAUUAAUCAAGGCCAUAGCAUGGCUACUACUAGCCUAGAUAGUUAUUCUAAGAAUUGCAGUCAGCAGCAAAGAUUGCUAAAGAAUAGAACAGGUGGAAAUUAGUUGAUCAAUUAUAAACAAUUUCAUUGAUAAUUAAUAAUCAAGCGAGAGAUUAGCUAAAUAAAAACGAAUUAAAAUAUACAAAACAUAUACAGACAUUAUGAAAAAGGAUGAAAAAAACAAUUUUUUAGAUGUUGUGUAUGUUGAUAAAUGUUGUAGUGCAGUUUGUUCAAUAAAAUAAAAACAUUUACUGAAUUAAAAAGAAAGGAAAAUCUUAAAUGGCAAAACAAUUAAAAAAAAGUCUAUAUGAAAACUGUAAAACUGUUGUUAGGAUGAAAACCAGAAAAAAAAAUACUGUAUAAACCGUAAUAGCCAUCUGGAAAAAAAUGUGACAAAGCUAAAUUAAGACUAAAGGCUGUGCCUUGCCAAAUUUGAUUUUUGUCCACUCUGCACUGAAGCUGGAUUGCUAAUAAGUUUGCUUGUUGCUGAUGACAUGCAGCCUUUCAAGUUGUCUACCGUAAUAUUGUCCAUUUGUUUGAUAGCCAGUACAUGGAAUUUCACAAUACCAAAUGUUAAUUGAUAACAAUUGAAAGAUGGACAAUCUUCUUUUCCUGAUUUUAGUUUAAUACAAUUUUUCUUUAUAUAUGUCAUUUAAAGUGACAUUUUAUUAGCCAAUUAAUUAUUCUUGUUUAACUUACUCUUUAUUAAAAUAAAAAUAAAGAGAAAUUCAAGAACAGUAGAGUUAACUACUCUUCUUGACCAAAGAUCUAACCAUUUGCAAUUUCUAUAUUAAAAAGUUAUUUCAUAGAUGGCGCCAAGCUAGCACUUGAUAUUCAGGACCAGUUGCAUUUAAUUCGUCUCUUUCCACCUUCUCUUCUAAACACACUUAGCAUUGUUAUACGAUCAUUAUGAGAUGAGCAGAGGAAAUAUUGUUUACUAUUCAUAGAAGAAUAAGAAUACACUCUGAGAAAGAAUAGAAUAAAGCAUACCUCUAAAUAAUGUGAAUUUGAGCCCUAUAUAAUUAAACUUACAUCAGCUCUAUCCAGACUAUAUCAAUAUUAUCCAGAACACAAUUUACUCAUUUUUCUUCACUAAAAUCUCAUUUUCUUUUUAUUUUUACUUCCCUCCUUAUGAUUUAUUAGUUUAGAGCUCCAUUAACUAUAAUUAUGUAAUAAUACCAUGAUUUUUUACUAAACAGGUGCUAUUAUUUUGCUUAAUUAUUAUUCAACUGAUUAAGAGUUUAUCUAGAGAAUUCCAUUAAUUCCUUUUCGCUAAAAGGUUUUAAGUAAUAAGAUAUGUUGCGCUCUUCUUUUCUACUAUAAUCUUCCUAUGAUUUUAUCAACUCAAAUAUUUUCUUCCCUAAGGUUUUUUUAAUUCAAAGUUUCCUGAACAAGUUGAAUUCAUGCUUAAAUUCCCAAUAAGUAACAUUUAUAUUACUCACACGUUAAAGUAGUGUUUGUUAAGCCUCGCUUUAUCAUUCAACCUACACACUUCCGUGUUUAACUACUCCUAUUUUCACCCUUUCUUAUUCUUUAUAACUCUUCUCUCUAUCACCUUCAUUCUUUUAUUCUCCUCCUCCACUCUUUUUUUCUCUUCCCUCCCCCCUUUUCUCUCUCUCUCUCUCUCUCUCUCUCU